AAAGAUUGUAUUGCUCUUACUGCUGCCACUCUGGGGACCACGACUCCAGCACAGGAACCUUUGGGGGACAAACUGCAAGCAGUGGGUGAAGACCUGUCUUCCUGUGAAUGCAUAGUCUGACAUGAAGUUCUGGAUCCUCCUCCUCACUGUAUCCGCCCAUGGGAUUGUGGUGUUUCUGCAUGUGUUUGGAAGCCUCAAGGAGAAGCCUGAAGAGAUCGAGCAGUGCUGGGUACAGCCACCGGCAAGGUUCUGUGGGAGGAGGUGCACGAAGGUGCAGAAAUGUGUGAGUCCGAACUACACGUGCUGCUGGACGUACUGCGGAAACAUCUGCUUGAACAACGAAGAACCCUUCAGAAGCCUGAUGAAAAUCUAGUUUCAAUGUGAUCCACUGCUGGUGUGGGCUGGGAGAUGACUGUGGGCUGGGAGGAGUGCAGCCUGCUGCCCUGGAGGGACACUCUGCAGCCAAGGACCUCUCUGUCCUCUCCUUGAUGUCUUCAUGCAGAGAGAGUCUAAGCUUUUGCCAAAUAAAUUUAUUAUGAACCAGCA